AUCAAGACAAAACUGAAAGCCCCCCUAACUCAAGCAAUCGCAAUUUCACACACCACCUUCUCUGCAAUCCCAAUCCACCAGUCUAAUAAAGCAGAGAGAGAGGAAGAGAGAUCAAAGCAAGAAAGAGAGAGAGAGAGAGGGAGAGAGAAGAAACGAGUGAACAAGCCAAGAAGUCAAGACCAUCGGCCAUGGCCAGUGGUGGUAUAUAAGGGCAGCACGCCACAGCUUGCGAAUCCGCCGUGCCGGUGUGAUGCUGCGAUCGACGCAUCCGCCCAGUAGCCCGAGCAGUGGCAGCAGCGGCGGCGGCGGCGGGGGGUCGUCGGCGCCGGCGUCGCCGUCGUCGUCCAGCUCGGAGAAGAAGAUGGUCGGGGGAGGGGGAGGGAGCGGGUCGGCGGCGCCGAGCGGGGCGAAGCUGCUGCAGAUCCUGAACGUGCGGGUGGUGGGCAGCGGCGAGCGGGUGGUGGUGCUGUCGCACGGCUUCGGGACGGACCAGUCGGCGUGGAGCCGCGUGCUGCCGUACCUCACCCGCGACCACCGCGUCGUGCUCUACGACCUCGUCUGCGCCGGCAGCGUCAACCCGGACCACUUCGACUUCCGCCGCUACGACAACCUCGACGCCUACGUCGACGACCUGCUCGCCAUCCUCAACGCCCUCCGCAUCCCUCGCUGCGCCUUCGUCGGCCACUCCGUCUCCGCCAUGAUCGGCAUCCUCGCCUCCAUCCGUCGCCCCGAGCUCUUCGCCAAGCUCAUCCUCAUCGGCGCCUCGCCCCGGUUCUUGAACGACAGCGACUACCACGGAGGGUUCGAGCUGGAGGAGAUACAGCAGGUGUUCGACGCGAUGGGGGCGAACUACUCGGCAUGGGCGACGGGGUACGCGCCGCUGGCGGUGGGCGCGGACGUGCCGGCGGCGGUGCAGGAGUUCAGCCGCACCCUCUUCAACAUGCGCCCGGACAUCUCCCUCCACGUCUGCCAGACCGUCUUCAAGACCGACCUCCGCGGCGUCCUCGGCAUGGUGCGCUCCCCCUGCGUCGUCGUCCAGACCACCCGCGACGUCUCCGUCCCGGCCUCCGUCGCUGCCUACCUCAAGGCCAACCUCGGCGGCCGCACCACCGUCGAGUUCCUGCAGACGGAGGGCCACCUCCCCCACCUCAGCGCCCCCAGCCUCCUCGCCCAGGUGCUCCGCCGCGCGCUCGUCCGGUUCUAAUCCACCGCCCCGCGCCGCGCGUGCGCGUAGCCGCGGCAUCGACGAGUCAAAAAGAAGAAGAAAAAAAGAAAAAAAAAACCACCGCUGCUGCUACGGUACGUGCGGCUUGGUAGGUGGACACGCACGCCUGCUAGCCUGAUCCGCUACCCUUUUCGUUUUACCGCGUCGAAUUUUACUGCAUUUUUACCCUCCCUCUCUCAUGCCUAGAAAAUAUUUCGGCGCGACCUGCCAUGACCGAGAGUGUACUGUAGCAUUAGUGCUCGAUUUUUACCUACCUGUUACUCUAUUGGGAAAAAAAACUACUCUACUGAAGUGCCUUCUGCAUACAA